GUGCCUGUAUAAAUCUGGUAGCACCGCCCUCCUAUUCAGCAGUUGUUGCAUCGACCCCGCUGGGUACAACACGCGACGCAGACCACACCGUUUUUAAAAAACCCUCUUUCUUCACGUUUUCUCCUUCUCCUCUUCCUCUGUGAACCAACGACAAAAUGCGUGAGUGUAUCUCCAUCCACGUCGGUCAGGCUGGUGUCCAGAUUGGCAAUGCCUGCUGGGAGCUUUACUGCCUGGAACAUGGGAUCCAGCCGGACGGACAGAUGCCCAGUGACAAGACUCUCGGCGGAGGAGACGAUUCCUUCAACACCUUCUUCAGUGAGACUGGAGCUGGAAAGCACGUCCCCAGAGCUGUUUUUGUCGACCUGGAGCCCACUGUCAUCGAUGAGGUGCGCACUGGGACCUACCGCCAGCUGUUCCACCCUGAGCAGCUGAUCACUGGCAAGGAGGAUGCUGCCAACAACUACGCCCGUGGACACUACACCAUCGGCAAAGAGAUCAUCGACCUGGUGCUGGACAGGAUCCGCAAACUGUUUGUGGACUGGUGCCCCACUGGUUUCAAGGUGGGCAUCAACUACCAGCCGCCCACUGUAGUUCCUGGUGGAGACCUGGCCAAGGUCCAGAGGGCUGUGUGCAUGCUGAGCAACACCACUGCUAUUGCAGAGGCCUGGGCUCGGCUGGACCACAAGUUUGAUCUGAUGUACGCUAAGCGUGCCUUUGUUCACUGGUAUGUGGGUGAGGGUAUGGAGGAGGGAGAGUUCUCUGAGGCCAGAGAAGACAUGGCAGCUCUGGAGAAGGAUUAUGAGGAGGUUGGAGUUGACUCCAUCGAGGGUGAGGGAGAGGAGGAGGGAGAGGAAUAUUAAAAAGGGACAAUAAGGCACUAGAUAAACAUGAAACGAUUGAUUGCAAUGUGUUCUUGAAUGCAUUCCAAACAGAAAUGUUGUCAAUUACCAGUUUGGCUCCGUUCUAAAUAAAAUUCCUGUGACAUGUGAA